AUGUGGGUUGAUAAUAAUGUUUCUGAAUUCAUUCUCUUGGGACUCACCCAGAACCAGGAAUUAGAACAAGUGUGUUUUGGUUUGUUUCUAUUAUUUUAUAUUGCUACUGUAUUAGGAAAUCUCACCAUCAUUGUCACAAUUCAAAGAAGCCAGACUCUGAACUCCCCCAUGUAUUUCUUCCUAAGUUACCUCUCCUUUGUAGAUAUCUUCUAUGCUUCUGUUACAGCCCCCAAACUAAUGGCAGAUUUACUCGUUGAGAGGAAAACUAUCUCCUUCCAUGGCUGCAUUGCACAGCUGUUCCUAGUCCAUCUCCUUGGUUGCACUGAGAUCUUCCUCCUCACAAUGAUGGCCUACGAUCGUUACAUAGCAAUUUGCAAACCUCUCCAUUAUACUACCAUUAUGAACAAGCAUGUAUGUAGCUGGAUGGUAGUGGCCUCAUGGACAGGGGGCUUUCUUCACUCCAUAGUACAGACUCUCCUGACCACCCAGCUUCCCUUCUGUGGACCAAAUGUAAUAGAUCACUUUUUCUGUGAUGUGCACCCUUUGCUGCAACUAGCUUGCGCUGAUACUUACAUCAUUGGUAUCGUAGUGGUUGCCAAUAGUGGAAUGCUCUCCCUGCUCUGUUUUGUUGUUCUGAUGAUAUCUUAUAUUGUAAUAUUAGUCUCCUUGAGAACUCAUACCUCUGAAGGGCGCCUCAAAGCUCUGUCCACUUGUGCCUCCCACAUUACAGUAGUGCUUAUAUUUUUUGGACCUUGUAUCUUCUUCUAUUUAAGACCUUCCACUACCUUCUCAGAAGAUAAGACAGUUGCUGUUUUCUAUACCAUCUUCACCCCUAUGCUGAACCCAUUGAUAUAUACACUGAGAAAUGAGGAUGUGAAGAAUGCCAUGAGAAAAUUAUGGAGCAUUAAAGUAAAUUUCAGAGAGAAAUGA